AUGGGCUUGGCAGGGGCACUUGAUGCUCUUGACUUUUCGACUUUGGGAUCGCUCCUCCGUCUCAAUCUUUCUUACAAUCAGUUUGGUGGGGUAAUUCCUCCGGCCAUCUCUGCUCUCUCCAGGCUCGUAUCUCUUGAUCUCAGUGGCAAUCCGUUCACAAGCAAAAUCCCAAUUGGGAUAGACUCCAUGAAAGAUAUCCAGAUCUUGAGUCUUAGCCAGAAUCAAAUGGUUGGUGCUAUACCUCCGUCUCUUAGCAACCUCACCGGUCUUGUGUCCUUGCACCUGGACAAUAAUAAGCUUAUGGGUGUCAUUCCUAAGAAGUUAGGGAGGCUCCACGAGUUGAUGUAUCUGGAUCUUAGGGUCAAUAGCCUAUCUGGUUCAAUCCCUCCUAGUCUAGGAAAUUUAACAAAGCUCCGCUUCUUAGUUCUACAUCAAAAUCAGCUCUCGGGUCCUAUCCCUUUUGAGAUUGGAAAUCUCAUUGAGGUCACCGAUCUCUACUUCUCAAAAAACUUAUUAACAAGUUCAAUUCCUUCCUCUAUAGGAAACAUGACCAGAUUAAAGACCCUUUCUCUUGAGGGUAAUCAAUUGUCUGAUUUAAUUCCUCUUGAGAUUGGGAAUCUAAAUGAAAUUACUGAUCUCCAACUCUCAACAAACCUUUUGACCGGUCCCAUCCCUCCAUCUAUAGGAAAUCUAACCAAACUCAGAUAUCUAUGUGUCUUCGAUAAUCAGUUGUCUGGACCUUUGCCUAUGGAGAUCAACAAAAUUAUUGGACUAACAUACCUAGAGCUGUCAAAUAAUAGCUUCGUCGGUUAUGUACCCCCAAACAUAUGCAAAGGUGGAGCCCUAAAGUACCUCACUCUUUACAUGAGCAACUUCCAAGGUCCCAUUCUCAUGACCUUGAAAAACUGUACGACACUAGAAAGGGUUCGUCUUGAACACAACCAUCUCACCGGAGAUGUAUCUCAAUGUCUCGGAGUGUAUCCCCAUCUUUCUUAUAUGGAUUUGAACUUCAAUCUACUCUCCGGUGCACUCUCACCAGACUGGGCAAAAUGGCACAAUCUGACGCUCUUCAGAAUCUCAAAUAACAACAUCACCGGAGUCAUACCCACCGAAUUUGGGCAGUUGACGAAACUGGGAGAGCUGGACCUCUCUUCCAAUUACCUUCAAGGAGAGAUCCCAAAGAGCUUCGGCAGCUUAACCCUUCUCUACAAUCUGAGCUUGGGCAACAACCAACUCGUCGGCCAUGUGCCUCUGGAGAUUGGAAUGCUGUCCAAUCUUGAACUGCUUGAUCUCUCAUCCAACAACUUGGCAGGAAGAAUCCCAGAUCAAUUAGGCAACUGCAUGAAACUCCGAUCGUUGAAGCUUAACAACAACAACUUCAGUGGAACCAUUCCUUUGGCCAUUGGUAAUCUGGUGUACCUUUAA